GCAGUAUAUGGUAUGUAAUUAACAAAUAAUUAAGUAUAUAAAUUAAAUUAAUAUAUUAACUAAUAUAACUUAUUUAUCUUAUAUAAAUGCAUCUACAGAGCUUGGAGACUGAUUUUCCCCAGGAUUCACCGAACUAUGCCACCUUCCUCCGCCUCCACAUGUACCCCGACGGAAGUUAUACGUCUCCGAGAGAUGCAAGAAUUGACGCCGAGGUUCAUCAAGUGGCCGCUGCCACAGGACGACAGAACCAGCUAGACGAGGUGUAUUUGGAGGUAGUGCAUCCGGAUAGGUCACGGAUCUACGGCGUCGGGAGUGCCGGGCAGAGUCAGGCUAGUAGGGGGUCUAUCCGCAGCACGGGCACUUCUGCGGUGUCUCAGCAGCUUUAUGAGACACGGAUCUCCACGCUGGAGGAGCGAUUGGCGGCAGAGCAAGCACAACGCCAACAGAUGGAGGAGCGCAUGGCGGCAGAGCAAGCACAACGCCAAGAGAUGGAGGACCGCAUGGCUCAAUUGGAGGCGUUUAUGAGGAUGUAUAAUGCUCAGCCACCUCCACCCCCUAAUGCCGAUGAUGAUGAUGAUGAUGAUGAUGAUGAUGAUGAUGAUGAUGAUGAUGCUUAGAAUUAUUAAAACUAUAUAUUUAUGUUUUCAAACAAAAUUACAUUUGCACUUUCUUUUCAAAUUUAUGUUGUA